AUGUUGGGCCAGAACAUCCGCAAGCUCGUCAAGGAUGGUCUCAUCAUCAAGAAGCCCCAGACCAUGCACUCGCUCUUCCGUCACCGCGAGAAGCUCGCUGCCAAGCGCGCUGGUCGUCACUCUGGCACCGGUAAGCGUCAGGGUACCGCCGAGGCCCGUAUGCCCACCACCGUCAUCUGGAUGCGCCGCCAGCGUGUCCUCCGUCGUCUCCUCCGCAAGUACCGCGAGACCGGCAAGAUCGACCGUCACUUGUACCACGUCUUGUACAUGAAGGCCAAGGGUAACGUCUUCAAGAACAAGCGUGUCUUGAUGGAGUACAUCCACAAGGUCAAGGCCGAGAAGCUCCGUGCCAAGUUGAUCUCCGACCAGGCCGAGGCCCACCGCAACAAGACCAAGGCUGCCCGCACUCGUCGCAACGAGCGUGUCGCCGAGAAGCGCGCUGCCUUUACCGGUACCGAGGCCGAGAAGAAGAAGUAA